AUGGCACAACCACAAAAAUUGCAAGGAUACGAAUUUUAUAACAAAGUUUUAAAAAAUGCAAAAUAUAUAUUAGCUCCAAUGGUGGAUCAAUCUGAAUACUCGUGGAGAGUUUUAUCACGCAGAUAUGGGGCUCAAGUAUGUUAUACACCUAUGUUACAUGCAAAAAUGUUUUGUGAAGAUAGUAAUAAACAGUAUCGAAAAGAUGUUUGGUCAACUGGAAAAGAUGACAGACCAUUAAUUGUUCAGUUUUGUGCAAAUGAUCCAGAUAUAUUAUUAAAAGCAGCUUUGAAAAUUCAAAAUGAUUGUGAUGGUGUUGAUUUAAAUUUAGGAUGUCCUCAACAUAUUGCAAGGAAAGGUCAUUAUGGUUCUUAUUUACAAGACGAAUGGGAAUUAAUUUAUAAAUUAAUAAACACACUUCAUAAAAAUCUUUCAGUUCCUGUAACAGCCAAAAUCCGUAUUUUUCCUGAUGUUGAGAAAACUUUAAGAUAUGCAAAAAUGAUUGAAAGUGCUGGUGCACAAUUAUUAGCAGUACAUGGUCGAAUACGUGAUCAAAAAGGUCAUAAAACUGCUUUGGCUGAUUGGGAACAGAUUCAACUUAAAAUACCAGUUUUUGCUAAUGGAAAUAUUCUUUACUUUGAAGACAUCCAAAAUUGCAUAGACAUAACUGGUGUUGAUGGAAUAAUGUCAGCUGAAGGAAAUCUUUAUAAUCCGGCAAUUUUUGCUGGAAUAAAUCCUCCAGUAUGGCAAAUGUCAGCUGAAUAUUUAGAGAUUUGUAAAACUAUUUCCACCAGACUUACUUGUAUUCGUGGUCACCUUUUUAAAAUUUAUAAGCCUGCACUACCUUUUCAUGUAGAUUUAAGAGAAAAAUUAGGUAAAGCAAACAGUUUUGAAGAAAUAUGUUCAAUAUCUGAAGAAUUAAAUAAACGAUUAAUGAAAACAGCUGCAGAAAAUGAUGAAAAUAUAGACAUUAGGAAGGAUGAAAAUGGUUACAAAACAUUUCCUCAUUGGAUUUGUCAACCUUGCAUACGUCCUUUAUCGGACAGCAAUGAAGCUAAUUAA